GUCUACAUCAAACUGUCUAAGAAAACACUCAUCGUUUCUGGUGUACAAAAGUACCUGUGCUGGGAAGCGUACCAGGCCCCUGCAGUCGUCAAGGGAUACUGCAGCAGAGAAUCACAGCAAUUCUUACAGCAGAAAUCAAGGAUACAGAGACAGACAGAAUCAAUCACCAUGCACCGGUCCUGUCAGCUUCUGUUUAUGUUCCUGCUGUCUGGAUCAGUAUGGACAGGUGGGAAGUGGAGUUUCAGAGGAAAAAACGGUCCCGAAAGCUGGGGAAAAUCCUACCCGAAGUGUGCUGGUGCCCGUCAGUCUCCUAUCCUCAUCGAGACAAAGAAUGUCAUCUAUGACAGCUCCCUCACAGGCUUCACUCUCACAAACUUCGAUAACCGCGACUCCAGUCUCAACUGGACUCUCAUCAACGACGGGCACGUAGCGUGUGUCAAAGUGGUCAGUGGGGCCAUGACUAUAACGGGUGGCGGUCUGGACGGCCCUUACCGGGUGUUUAAGUUUCACUUCCACUGGGGCGCCAACAGCUCACGGGGCUCUGAGCACAGGGUCGAUGACAAGAGCUUCCCCAUGGAGAUGCAUGUUGUCAGCUACAAGGCUGCAUACAACAACUAUACUAAUGCUCUCAACUACGUCGAUGGUGUGGCAGUGCUCGCAUCUUUCUUCGAGAUAGCCGGGACAGAGCAUGCCACUUUUGCUAAGGUGGUCGCAAGAUUGCCAGAAGUACGUAAAGAAUCUAGCGAUGUCCCCAUUGAUGUCUUCAAUCUGCUGGAUUUAAUGCCAGCAGAAAGAAGUAAGUACUACAGGUACCUGGGAAGUCUCACCACUCCUGAAUGCUUUGAGGCUGUGAUCUGGACGGUUUUCCAGCAGACCAUCAAGAUAUCGGAGGCACAGGUCUCCGCAUUCCGUACCCUGACUGAAGGCAAAUUAGUCAAUGAGACAUUUCCUCUAAUCGACAAUUUCCGUCCUGUCCAGCCUCUUCGUGGUCGUCAGGUCAGAGCGACCACAGCGUCGACAGGAUCUUUCUGCGGUCUAGCCCUCAGUGCAGAACUUAUGUUGCUUUCUCAUCUCUUGUUUGCAUUUUUGCUUGAAUAACAACAGUCAAACAGAAAAAUACAAAAAUUAAAGUUAACGCUCGAUAAAACUGGGAAAAGGACCGUUUCACAAUGUUACCUGCCUUCCUAUAAAAGUGCUAUGUAGAUGCAAAUUAAUUUAUUUUUAGCUGCGGAUGCAUGCAAACACACUUACGGUACUAUGCUUGAGGAAUAAGGAGGGACGAGCAGACAACUCCACUAUCACCUGUCGCCGAGUGGUUAGUGCGUUCCUCUGUCCAGCAGGAGGUUGUUGACUUAUUCGGUUUUAUCAACAUUAAUCAGCUACUCCUAUGCCUAUUCACGAGCAGGAAAAUUGCUGGACAGGAUUAGAUUCUCAAGUUAUUAGGAUUGUGUUGGGAAGUUCGAUCAAAGCUGGUAAAAUGUACAAAAUUGGAGGGAUUUUUGUUUGUUUGUUUGUUUUUUUGUUGGUUUUUAUUUUUUGUUUGUUUGUUUGUCAAAGAAUGUCAUCGACUUCUGCUUAUCUCUAUUUUUCCGUCAAAGUUAACUUAAACUGGAUCUUCUUUUCUGUUGUUAUAAUAAAUAUUUUAUUCUAAAAUAUACUGUUUGAAGUUUUGGGGUUUAUUUUUAUGACAACGAUUAAAUUUACCUUGGAUUGGAUGUUUUAUCUGCUUGUUCUGAGGUUAAAAUGUUCUUUUGCUUCUCUACCAUCAGACACCAACAAAUGAAAAUAAAAGAUUGAUUAUCUCGUUA